UGAAUUUGUAUUCGUAUUUUCAGUUUCACACUUUGCCAUAUAAAAGCCUGCCAACUACAACACUGGCCUAUUCCUUGGAGGAAAUGGUAUGGUUAAGAGUUUAGCUGCCUGUUGAUCUCAACACAUGCUCAUAGAGAGCACACUGAGGAAGAACAGAACAAGAUCAUUGAAAUUGCUUCUUUACGCAGAACAUACAGAAGCAAGGAAGCAUGGCUUCUGCAGCACAGUCUGCCUUAAAUUACGUCCAGGAUGCUAGAGGGAGGCUUGUGGGGAAAUUAAAGGAUCUCUCACUGAUUCUGGAGAAUUUGAAACUGAAAGAUAUUCUGAGUGAUGAGGCAGUCUGCAAUAUAGAGGCAGAGAAAACUGUCUACGACAAACACAGAAAGAUGCUGGAUUCAGUCAUAAAGAAGGGGGAGGACACCUGCCAUGAGUUCCUCAAGAUUCUUUACUUGACGCGGGAUCGGACCUUAGCAGCUGAUACAGAAGUGCAGGACGGAUUCAGCCCGCACAGCUGGAUCAGCUGCUUUCCUUUCGAGGAAGACGCACUAAUGGAUACAAACUACUUACGAGGUCCGAGGCCAUGCCUUCAAUAUCAGAAAAAGUUGAAGAAAAAAGUAAAAAAAAAUAAAAAUGAGUUUUGGAUGUCAAACAAGGAUUUGUUUAAAGACAAAAAAAAGCCUGAUCUGUCGUACAUGCCACUCGUAUUAAACACUCAAGGAAGUGUUUCUGCAUCAAAAAUAAAGAAACUUAAGAGCAAGAAAAGCAAACUGAGUCGCCCAAAAAAGCUAAGGAUAUACAUCCCUCAGGACAAAGCAGAAACGUCCCCCAGUGAGCUGUUGAAAACAAAUCGAGACAUACUUCUAGUUGGUAAGCCUGGAAUUGGAAAGACGGCCCUCACUCAGGAAAUGUUGAAUCUCUGGGCACAAGGAGAUGACGAGAAGAUUAAUUACAUGUUUUACUUUGACAUGAGGAAAACAUCCCAAAUCAGGAAGGAGGCAAGUUUGGAGGAUCUUCUCUUCGACAUAUUUUGCGAACCAGAUGAAGGCAAAGAAGAGGUCUUACAGGACAUAAAGAGGAACUCGGACAAUGUUACACUCAUUUUUGAUGGAAUCACAGAUCUGUCUUUAUCAGUGGUGGAGAAACUCGUAAACAGGGACCUACUACCUGAUGCUAAGAUCAUCGUGACUUGCAGACCGGAUGAUGAAGAAGAGAUUCCUGCUGAGGACUUUCUCAGAGUGGAAGUGAAAGGCUUCAGUGAGCAAACCAUAACAGCAUACUUGUCUGCAGUGCUCGGCGAGGAACAGAAGACAGUUUUGAGCAACGUGGAGUUGUUAACACUUUGUCACGUCCCAGUGUAUGCACUGAUGGUGGCUGCCUGCUUUUCAUCUGAGACACCCGAAAACUCCAAACAUCCGUGCACUAUCACUGAAAUCUACAUCAAUAUUGUUCGUCUUUCCCUUCAAAGAAACAGCAACACAAAAACCAAACACCUAAAUUCCUUCAUCAGAAACAAAAGUAAGGAAAUACUGUCUUUGGCUGAAGUUGCUUUUCAUGCAACUGAAGGAAAAACUGUGAACUUGACAGGAUGUCCCUAUGAAGACAGCUGUGUCCUUUCCUUCCUGAAACCACUUGUUCUCAGAGUCGCCCCGACUGAGACGAUGACCACGUAUGCAUUUCUCCAUUACACAAUGCAGGAGUUUUUUGCAGCACUGUGGCUCCUGAAGAAUCCAGAUAAAAUCAAGGAUGUUUUUCAGCAGAGCCUCACAGAGGAGAAGAGACACAUGAAACAUCUGAUCCCUUUCAUGUGUAGGCUGUUGAGUGCGGAGAGCCCGAGUUUGAUGACGUGUCUGAUUCCAGCAGAGGAGCUCAAGAAUACAUCUGACUGGUUCUUCAAGGAAAUGAUAACCACGUUUUCUCUUUGUCCGUGUGAGACAGAUGAGGCCGAUACUGAGGAUGUUGGGUUUGAUGUGGACAAAUUGUUCUUAUUCCAGUGCUUGUAUGAGUCCCAGUGUCCUGAGACAUGCGUGUACCUCCUGGACAAACUGGACUACCAUCUUGACCUCAGUGGAGAAAAUCUCGAUCCUUUACCUUGCUGUGCUGUCACCUAUGUGGUCGCUCAGUCGACAGAGAGGAAAAUACAGCUGAACCUUAAGGACAUCACAGUGUCAGAACAAGGAAUCAAACGACUCUUUGGAUGCCUUAAAAACGUGGAACGGUGUGACCCUCUGCUACAGCAGCUGUGGAGGAUUUUGCUUCUCAGUGAGGGGCAGAUGGACCACCUCAGCUUACUCGGCCCCGAUGGAAAUCAGUUGCACCUUCCUGUUCAGGGUAAAAGGCAGCUGUUUGAAAGCGCAGUAAGAGUCAUGCAGAAGAUGACGACACAGAUUGAUGUCUGCCUCCACUGGGAAAGGGAAACUGCCGUCUGCCAGAGUCUUUGUGUCUCUCUCAUUGAGGCUUUACCACACAUCAGCUCUCUCAGCUGCAGAGCGACCUACAGAAAUCCAGGAUUACAGCACCAGAAACAAUUCCUUAGGACAUUGGAGAGGGAAGGAAAGCAGCUGUUGCUGGAUUUAUGCCUGACAGCAGCACUGCACAAAGAAGAAAGCUUCCACGAUGUAGUGAAAUCACUCCUCUCACUGUUUCCUGUGAAAGCUGACUUACACAACAUACUCCUGGAUAUUUAUCAACAUGUCAAAAGUGGAGGGUUUUCAAAUGUCAUUCCAAAACUGUGGCCACUUUUCCAGUCAGCUCCUGCAGUCUGGAUCAUAGACCUCUCAGAGAGAAAGUCCUCCAUCCUCCUGGAAGUGCUGAAACUCCAACCAGAGAAGAAACCAGUGAAGCUGAGAGGCUGCUCAGAUGAAGAGAGUGAAGUGAGGAGUUUCCUACAGUGUCUGCCUCAUAUCUCACAGCUCAG